AUGAAGUUUCCAACUUCCAUCACGCAGUACCUUGCCGUUGUUGCAAUAUUCAUACGCAUUGCACAAUCCCUGCCAUACCUCCCGGAAGAAGCAGACUGGAACCUGAACCAAAACCAGACAGCGACACAUCCUCUCGACUACUCGGGUCAAUGGGAUGACCACACAUAUCAUGCCUCGCCAGAGAACUGGCGAUUCCCAUUCUACACGAUAUUCCUUGACAGACUUGUGAAUGGUGACCCGAGGAACGAUAAUGCGAAUGACACACAAUGGGAACAGAUCUUGACCUCGAACGAGUUCCGCCAUGGCGGCGACGUCCUUGGGCUGAUUGAUACAUUUGAUUAUCUCCAGGGGAUGGGGAUAAAGGGCGUUUAUCUCGCAGGAACACCGUAUAUCAAUUUCCCUUGGGCCGCGGAUGGUUACUCCCCGCUCGAUCUCACCCUGCUGGACCAUCACUUUGGUACGAUCGAGGAUUGGCGCACAAUGAUAUCCGAGGCGCAUCGGCGGGGAAUCUAUGUUCUUCUCGAUAAUACAUUCGCAACAAUGGGCGAUCUUAUCGGAUUCCAGGGUUUUUUGAACCAGUCCGCGCCGAUCAACGCCAACGAGUACGAUUUUGUGUGGAAGUACGGCCGUCGAUACUGGGACUUCCAGCCUGGCAAUGAAAUCGAGACUGAAUGCCCUUGGGAUUAUCCGCGUUUCUGGGAUGAUGACGGGACCGGGUUGACCACGACAACACUUGGCUCUGGAUGCCGCAACAGUGAAUUCGAUCAGUACGGAGAGGUUGCUGCUUUUGGCAGCUACAGCGAGUGGGAAGGGCAGAUUUCCAAAUUUGCCUUUGUGCAGGAUCGUCUGCGUGGAUGGCGACCGGAUGUCCUGGCCAAGAUCAAGCACUUUUCGUGCCUCACCAUUACCAUGCUCGAUAUCGACGGAUACCGUGUUGACAAGGCUCUCCAAGUGACUCUAGACUCUCUUGGAGAGUGGUCCGAGCAUAUGCGCUAUUGUGCAAAGCAGGUGGGAAAGGACAACUUCUACAUCCCUGGAGAGAUAGUGGCGGGAAAUUCUUUCGGUUCGCUUUAUAUCGGUCGCGGUCAGCAAGUGAACCAAACUAAAUCCAAUCUGACGGAAGCGUUUUUGACGACAAACGAGACAGACAAGUCAGAUGGGGACAUUUUCUUGAGACCUGCCGAGAGAUCCGCGUUGGAUGGGGCGGCGUUCCAUUACACAUUAUAUCGUGGUCUCAGCCGGUUUCUUGGUCUGGACGGAAUCUACACUGCCGAAGGCGACCCGCCAGUCAAUUUUGUGGACACCUGGAAUGGUCUUGUGGAGACCAACGACAUGAUCAACACAAACACCGGCAAGUUUGAUCCUCGUCACCAAUUCGGUGUCACGAAUCAGGAUGUCUUCAGGUGGCCAGGAAUUAAAAACGGGACCCACAAGCAGAAUCUGGGGUUGUAUGUCGCUACGCUGGUCAUGCCUGGAAUCCCUAUUCUCUCCUGGGGCGAGGAGCAAGAAUUCUACGUGCUGGACAACCAAGCCGACAACUAUGUCUUCGGUCGUGCACCGAUUUCAUCUGCCCAGGCAUGGCAGAUGCAUGGAUGCUACAAGCUCGGAUCUUCGAAAUAUGUUGAUUUCCCGCUCGAGCGCUCCCUGACUGGAUGUGAAGAUGAUUCAGUCAGUCUCGAUCACCGUGAUCCUUCUCACCCAGUGCGAGGCCUUAUGAAGACGAUGUUUGAAAUGCGAGAAAAUUAUCCUGCUCUCAAUGACGGCUGGUACCUGCAGCAAUUGUCAAAUCAUACUUUCGACGUCUACCUCCCAGGCAGUAACGGAACACCGACUGAGACUGGAAUGUGGAGUGUCAUGAGAUCACGUUUUGUUGAUGAGCAGAACUUUGAUGGCCAGGGCCAGGGAAACCAGAGCGUCUGGUUGAUGUAUUCCAAUGACAACAAAACAGUCGAGCACAAGCUCAACUGCAGCAGUAAGGACGCUUUGGUCUCGCCCUUCCCCGCUGGAACAACGGUCAAAAACCUCUUCCCACCUUUCGAGGAAUUCACCCUGGUCAACAGCUCAAUCAAGCUUGGAUUCGAAGGGUCAAAAGUACCCAACGGGUGUUACCCGAACUUUACCAUGCCGGCCUGGGGGUUCAAGGCCUUUGUUCCAAAGAGCAAAUUCGUGCAGCCCUCCCCUUACGUGACAAGCUUCUCUCCAGGGCACGAUGCUCGACUUGUGCCCCAGGGAACAAGCGGGGAGACCAUACGAAUUGGCUUCGAAUUUUCUCAGGAGAUGGACUGUGAAGAUAUCACCAAGUCACUGACGCUCACGUCAAAAGCCCUUAAUGACGAGAGCUCGCAGCUUGAUACCACGUCGGUCUCUUGUAAAUCAAUACAAGAGGCUAAAGUCGUGUCAUGGCCGGGGGCCCUCACUAGUGUUUUCAGCUACGAGGUUGAUGUGAGCAAUGUCUUUCCUGGGGUUCACAGAGUGACGUUGAGCAAUGUGACUACGGCUGAUGGAAACCGAUCCACGGGUUCCACCGAUCACUUCCUCUUCCGAGUCGGAAAAAUAGACAAUCCAAUGGUCUGGCCACAGUUGGCAAAUUAUAGCAGAACUCUGCUGUUCGAUAACCCGUCAUCCGAGUCCGAGCCCUUGUCAGUCACUCCGCAGGCUCCUGGUGCAGAUUUGUGGCGAUACUCCCUUGACUUUGGAGCUACCUUCAGUACCUGGAUGACAUACACUGGGUUCAACACGUCAAUCCCUGCCAAAAACUGGACCGGCCCUGCAAAGCAGGCUUGGGAUGGAGAGCAUAUUAUUGCCCAAUACUGGAGCAAAUUGACUGGAAGCAGUUCUCACUGGCAGCAUGGAGACACGCAAUGGGCAUACAAUGCUCCACGUCGUUUCCCAAACCUCUUCAUCGAAGGCGAGUUUAACCAGUUUGGAUAUGACGCUGGCUAUUCCAACAAAAUGAGCCUUAGCAACACCACUGGUCUAUGGGAAAUUCACUUCAUGGGUGAAUGGCCUGUGCAGGUGGCGUUCAACGCAUGGGGACUGAACGCCGACGGCCUGCCUGAUCAAACACAGGUGUUCGGGGAUCUCGACGGAGACAAUGUUCUCGAUCAAGUUCCUCCAGUCACGCUGUUGAGCAACGUGUUCAACGUCACCAUCCCACCUCCUUCGCCCUAUCUUGCCUUCAAGCUCUCGGUCGGCGACGGUAAUCUCAAGGUCUUUGCUACACCCACAGGAUCCAGGUGGGUUCAGCUCGCAAUUUUUAUCAUCUUGGCGAUUAUACCGGUCACUACUGCUGUCGGUGCCGUGUUUGUCUAUCUCAAGGCCUUUUACCAGGUCAAGUUCAACCAGGUCGGUGUCACCGAGAAGAAAUCAGGCUUCGCCCCACUGGUGAGUGCCUUCCAUAAGGUGGCCCAUCGAUCCAGCUCUGGACUUGCUCUGUCGAAUGUUGGCCCGUUGCCAUCUGAGGGUGGGGGGUUCAUUGGCGCCACGGUAGCUUCUCACCGACGAACCGUACUCAUCGCAACAAUGGAGUAUGACAUUGAAGAUUGGGCCAUCAAGAUCAAAAUUGGUGGGCUCGGCGUCAUGGCCCAGCUUGUUGGAAAGCAUCUGACCCACCAGGACCUCAUAUGGGUAGUUCCCUGUGUUGGAGGCGUUGAAUACCCCAGGGAUGAGCCUGGUGAACCGAUGGUGGUCACCGUCCUUGGUAACAACUACCAAGUAGAUGUCCAGUACCAUCGGCUGCAAAACAUCACGUACGUCUUGUUGGACGCGCCUGUAUUCCGAGCUCAGUCCAAAUCGGAGCCGUAUCCUGCCCGCAUGGAUGAUCUGGAUUCGGCUAUAUUCUACUCUAGUUGGAAUCAGUGCAUCGCCGAAGCCAUCAGGAGAUUCCCGGCGAUCGAUAUCUACCACAUCAAUGAUUAUCAUGGCGCCGCUGCUCCACUCUAUCUGUUACCUCGCACCAUUCCAUGCUGCCUGUCUCUGCACAAUGCUGAGUUCCAAGGGCUUUGGCCAAUGAAGACGGCGAAGCAAAGCCAAGAGGUCUGCAGUGUGUUUAAUCUUGAUCAAGCGGUGGUGAAGAAGUACAUUCAAUUCGGAGAAGUGUUCAACCUUCUCCAUGGAGGUGCUAACUAUCUGAAAAUCCACCAAAAUGGAUUUGGUGCAGUGGGUGUCUCCAAGAAAUAUGGCAAGAGAUCGUACGCCAGGUAUCCAAUUUUCUGGAGUCUCAGAAACAUUGAAGCCCUACCGAAUCCCGAUCCAUCUGACCUUGCCGAUUGGGAUCACAACACACCCCAGAACCUCGAAGAUGUUGUCAUUGACGAAGAGUUUGAAGCCGGUCGUGCCACACUCAAAAAGCAAGCGCAAGAAUGGGCAGGGUUGGAAGCUGACCCAGAGGCUCAACUGUUUGUCUUUGUCGGCCGCUGGUCUAUGCAAAAGGGCGUUGAUCUCAUUGCCGAUGUAUUUCCCUCCAUUCUUGACGCCCACCCUAAGGUCCAGUUGAUGUGCAUUGGUCCAGUCAUUGAUCUUCACGGAAGGUUUGCCGCAUUGAAACUGAACAGACUAGUAGCGCUCUAUCCUGGGCGGGUCUAUUCCAAACCAGAGUUCACUGCAUUGCCACCCUUCAUUUUCAGCGGUGCUGAGUUUGCUUUGAUUCCGUCGCGUGAUGAACCAUUCGGCCUGGUUGCCGUUGAGUUUGGACGAAAGGGAGCUCUGGGAGUGGGAUCACGUGUCGGUGGCCUCGGACAGAUGCCUGGAUGGUGGUUCACGAUCGAAUCUAUGACAACCAAACAUCUCCUCGGGCAAUUCAAAAUGGCCAUCAACGACGCUUUGAAAUCAUCUCAAGAGACACGAGCGCUCAUGCGUGCACGAUCCAGCAAGCAGCGCUUCCCCGUCGCACAGUGGGUUGAAGAUCUGGAAAUUCUUCAAACAAACUCCAUCGAAAAGCACGCCAAACACUCUAAACGCCAGGAUCGCAGCUCAUGGAGACUCACUUCGGGUAGUAGCCGUGCAACAGAGAGCAUUCGGCAAGUCUCAUCGAGCUCAAACAACAGUCGCGAACAUAGCCGAGCACCCAGUUCUUCCGGAUCUGUCACGCCCAGCGGGCCUGUUGUGUCUGAUUCGCGACUUUCCGUGCCUAGAUCAGGCUUUGACCACGUUCCAUUACCCACAAAUUCGUCUCCCGAUCCAAACAAUUCCGACAACGAGCCCGAUUCCGAUGCCGAUCCCAGACGCAGACCCUUGUCCUCCAACCCACUCGCGGACUCACGGGUUCUUUACUCUGAGGUAAAUGAAGGAGAGCAUUUUGAUCUUACUCCUGGCUCCGUGCAAGAUUAUGGUAGUGGUCGCCCAUCACCACUCGGGACUCCUAAUUUCUACUUCUCUAGAUCUGGCGCCAGCACGCCAGUUCUUGGUGCACGACCAGAAGAUGGCCUGCUAGGAAGAAGAGAUGCAAGAGUUUCCAUGAUGAGUCUGGCCAGUGUCGACGGCAUUGUUAAGGAGAAGCAAGACUACAAUCUCCAAAAGGUUGAUCCAUUCUUUACGGAUGGUAAAAAUGAGUAUGCAGAUUUGUUUGAGAAGCGGCUUGCGAGUCUGAACGGUAAAAAUUCGGAAGAUCAGCUCUGCAUCGAAGAGUUUCUCGAGAAGAGCCAAAAAGAUUGGUUCAAUCGAUAUCGCGAUGUCAGACUUGGCAAAUCCCCCCUGCCGUCUCCGACUCCCUCGGUCUUCCACUUCAAGAUUCGUGAAACCGCCCGAGAAUCCGUCCGUGAGACCGUCCGCCCAGAGAGUCCUCAAAGUACUGGUGCAGCUUCAGACUCAAAUGUUGGGCAGUUCCUUCUCCCAAGCAAUUACGUUCCCCCUACGGGGUUGAAGCGUUUCAUGUUGAUGAAGCUGGGGGACUGGCCUGUGUACUCCAUCUUCCUCGCAAUUGGUCAAGUUCUCGCCUUGAACUCGUACCAGAUCACGCUCUUGAAUGGCGAGAUCGGAGAGACGGCCGAAAAGCUUUACAUCCUGGCCUCCAUCUACCUUGGCUCUUCGAUCAUAUGGUGGAUGGCCUUCCGUCUAGUUCCCUCGAUCUAUGUGGUUACAGUUCCCUUUUUGAUAUAUGGUCUUGCCUUCUUCUUUGUUGGUCUCGCUGGCCCUAUCACGAGCGUCACAAGUCGUAUGUGGCUGCAAAACGUAGGAACCGGCUUGUAUUCGUUUGCGUCUUCAAGUGGCUCGAUUUAUUUUGCGCUCAAUUUUGGAGAUGAAGGCGGAGCGCCUUUGAGGUCUUGGAUCUAUAGGGCCACUGUCAUACAGGGCACUCAGCAAUUACUCAUCAGUUUCCUUUGGUACUGGGGUAGCUGGAUGGCAUCCCUCAAUCAAAAGGGCAACGCAGAGUUCAGCCUUGCGAUGACCAAUCCCCACGCAUUGCUCGGUAUUGGAAUUGGACUCGCCGUUCUCUUGUGGCUGUUGGGGGCUCUCGUCUUCUUCGGACUUCCUUCAUACUACAGACAAACGCCCGGGCAGGUGCCAACAUUCUACCUGUCGCUCUUCCGUCGUCGCAUAAUCCUUUGGUUCUUUUACAUGGUGUUCAUCUCUAACUAUUGGCUGUCGGCGCCUUACGGACGAAACUGGCUCUAUCUCUGGUCAAGCAAGCAUGCCAAAAUGUGGCAAAUUGCGCUCCUUGUCAUCUUCUUUUUCAUCUUUGUCUGGGCCGCAGCUCUCUGGGUGUUCCAUGUCUUUUCCAAGAGACAUGCGUGGUUCAUUCCAAUCUUCGCCAUCGGUCUCGGUGCCCCUCGGUGGGCUCAGAUGUUGUGGGCUACCUCGAACAUUGCCACGUAUAUACCCUGGGCUGGUGGUCCCGUCGCCGGGGCUCUCCUUGGCAGAUCACUAUGGCUUUGGUUAGGAGUUUUGGAUUCCCUUCAAGGAGUUGGGUUUGGAAUGAUCCUUCUCCACACGAUGACUCGAUUCCAUGUCACCUUCACCCUUCUCGCCGCGCAGGUUGUCGGUUCUGUCGCGACUAUCCUUGCCCGUGCAACCGCACCAAACAAGCUUGGGCCCGGUGAUGUCUUCCCCGAUUUCUCUGCUGGUAUUGCUGCUGGCCUUCAAAAGGCCGACUUCUGGGUCUGUCUGCUCUUCAUGCUAUCCAUCAACGUGAUCUGCAUAUUCUUCUAUCGCAAAGAGCAGUUGACGAAGCCCUGA